GCUAUUCUUGAGGCAGAUGACGCCACAGCACUUCUGAGUCGACCAAUAGGGUGCGAGUAAGUGGCAUUAAACCAGCUGUAAAACAUGUGAGCCAAAUCCUUGCGGCCGCCAUUCCUGGAAAGAUCAGAGCAGCGGAAAGGUUGAUUCACCCCGUCAAGAUGAAGCCCGUGUCCCUAUUUCUGUUGGCCGUUUGCCUGCUCGCGGGGCAGGCUCAAUACCUUGCAGCACGGACCUUCGACUUUAUGCAAAGCCACCCGGCACAGCUGCCGGGCCAUCAUGGCUACAGCAUAUCAGCCCAGGCUCAAGGGCACUCCAGUCACGCUUUGCCAGCGCACCAUGGCUCGCACGCUGGUCAUGUUCACCAAGCCCAUGGGCAUGUAGUACAUCAAGGACAGGGUCGGUUCUCUAACGCUUACCAGCACCAAGUUGGCCACGGGCAUCAGCACAAUCGCCACCACCACUUUGCAGUGACUCCAUCCGCAACAACGCCGGUGGCAUCGAAAGCGAACCCAGCCUUGAUGUGCCGCGUCGUCAAAGUUCCUGUUGAUACCACGGUUCCCGCUGCGCCGCUGACGUCGCACUCCGGCUCAUACGGAGUCGGUAGCCAUAUCGCCACUUCCAUCGGGAAGGUCAACCCGGUGAUGGCCCUCCUACAGAACGCAUCUGCCACUAGUCUUCAAAACACCUCUGUGCCCCAUACAGUGGUUAUCCAAAAGAAGCUGGCCGUCAUCACAAAGUUCGGCCAUCAACCGAUGACCACUGCUUCCGUCCCAGCACGUCCGUCAGUCCUUACUGAUGCGACAACUGCGCCCAGUCUGGAAAUGGCAGUUCCAAGCACGGGGGUAGCGAAGGCGACAACUCGAUCCCGCCCGACGACAAAGAUAUCGACGCUCGCUCCUGUAGUGGUUAGCACACUUGGCGCUCCUGCUUCCACUCUAGGUGUCCCGACUCCGCUCGCUGACACCUUUCCUGUCCAAGCUACCACAAUUGCUUCGACCGAUAUACCUGCUUCCGUUCAACAAGAGGUCUCGUCAACAACCCGGGUCGCAGUUCGGCUCAAUACUGGUGUGGAUUCUACCCCACUGGUAUCGCAGUCACCCUUGCCAAUCACAGCUGCACCCUCCGAGACGUCUGCUCGUGGUUCAGUGUCGACUAUGGCUUUCACAAACGCUGUUGCCACCACGGCCACUGCCCUAGGUUCCCUGGAUCCGCGCGCUGCCCCCUUCACUGCCCUGGUGACUUCGACGGACGAGUACACUUUUGGUCCUGUACAUCGUGAGCAGGCAAAUACGGCCACCGUAACACCGGCUGGAACCAAAUCCCCCACCCCGCUUUUCGUCGAAUCUAAUGCAGGGACUGUGCCUACAUCUGCACCAAAACAGCUUGGAGCUUCUCCGGCGACCGUGGGCGCAGUCUCCGUACGGUCAGCUAGGUUCACUUCAGCCCCGCCCUUUGCAGCAGCUCCAACAAUUCCUGGUACCGAGGCACCACCGACUGCGACUACGGCAGAAGGCAUCACCGUCGCAACUACGACAGACUCUGCUGUCACGCUUCCAGCCAUGGCGCUUUCCGCGACUUCCGAACCUGCUUCUUCGAAACCUGGGAAGUCAACUGUCAUUUAUGCCCGCUCGGCUCGCCCCAAAACCCGGUAGCUCGUUGAACCGUGACCUUUCCAGUAGUAAUGGCAUCAAGGAUAAUGUAAAGUGAUUUUUGUAGUAGCUGAUAUUUCAGGGUAUGUUUGCAGAGUUUUAAGAAUUUUACUGUGCGCAUUGUACAUGUUAUAAAUUUUGACCGGUGUCCUAAGAUUGCGCAAUAAACACGGGCAUUUU